GUGGAUGUGGCGACUGUGCGGUCUGUCCCGUUUUCACCGGGACCCGUGUUGGUGGUGAGCCGCCGCGGAACCGUUGUGGGAGUGUCGCACGUACGCGAGGAUAGUUUGCCCUGGAUUUUUCAAUCAUUUGCGAGAUAAGGCUCCCGGACCUCCUUCUCCUCCUCCUUGUCGUCGUCGUCGACGCUGCCCUCCCUUCCUCAUCCUCCCGGUUUUUCUUCCUCUCUCACCUCCGUGCUUUAUCCGCGGGGUAGAGGCUCCGUUAACCGGAGAGGACUGAACGCAGCGCGGAGGCCCCCCGGCCCCCUCCCCCACUCUCAAACCAUCUCCCUCUCAUUUUUCCUCUUCUUCAAUAUAACAAUUUUUUCCUCAAAGAAGUAGGAUUGAGGGGAAUAUUUCAUUUUUAGCCGCCCUUUUCCCGCGGCCGCCCGAGCGCAGUGAUAUUUUUGUCGUUUUUCCUUCUUUCUGAAGCCCCGACGAGGCCGGGCUGUGUACAGUAAAGCAGUGGGGAUGACUUUAGAGUCGAUGAUGGCCUGCUGCCUGAGCGAAGAGGCCAAGGAGUCAAAACGAAUCAACGCCGAAAUCGAUAAGCAGCUGCGCCGGGACAAACGCGAUGCAAGACGGGAGCUGAAGCUGCUUCUACUCGGAACUGGUGAGAGCGGCAAGAGUACGUUCAUUAAACAGAUGCGCAUCAUCCAUGGCGCCGGAUACACAGAUGAGGACAAGCGCGGCUUCACCAAGCUGGUGUACCAGAACAUCUUUACCUCCAUGCAGGCCAUGAUCCGCGCCACAGAGACCCUGAAGAUCGGCUACAAGUAUGAACAGAAUAAGGCCAACGCUAUGCUGGUGAAGGAGGUGGACAUCGAGAAGGUGAUGUCCUUUGACCACCCCUACAUUAAUGCCGUAAAGAUGCUGUGGUCUGACCCAGGCAUUCAGGAGGCCUACGACAGACGCCGAGAGUACCAGCUGUCAGACUCCACCAAAUAUUAUCUGUCUGAUCUGGAUCGUAUUGCCGAAUCUUCGUACCUUCCCACCCAGCAGGAUGUCCUGAGGGUUCGAAUCCCGACCACGGGGAUCAUUGAAUACCCAUUUGACCUUCAAAGCAUCAUUUUCAGGAUGGUUGAUGUCGGGGGUCAGAGGUCAGAGCGCAGGAAGUGGAUCCACUGUUUUGAGAAUGUGACGUCCAUCAUGUUUCUGGUGGCGCUGAGCGAAUACGAUCAGGUUCUGGUGGAAUCAGACAACGAGAAUCGUAUGGAGGAGAGCAAGGCUCUGUUCAGGACGAUAAUCACAUAUCCAUGGUUCCAGAACUCCUCAGUCAUCCUCUUCCUCAACAAGAAGGAUCUGCUGGAGGAGAAGAUCUCCUACUCACACCUGGUGGACUAUUUCCCAGAGUUUGACGGGCCCCAAAGGGAUGCCCAAGCUGCACGUGAGUUCAUCCUGAAAAUGUUUGUGGAUCUGAACCCUGACAGCGACAAGAUCAUCUACUCUCAUUUCACCUGCGCCACCGACACAGAGAACAUCCGCUUUGUGUUUGCAGCGGUGAAAGACACCAUCCUGCAGCUAAACCUGAAGGAGUACAACCUGGUGUGAGACCAGUCCCCACACCGAUCACAUGAUUAAGCAUUGAACAGGCACCCACAGAGCGUGCACACACACACAAACACACACAAACAACACACAUGCAUCAUGAACACACAGCUCUUUUCAUUUCUCUUUCCCAGCUUCCAGGGUUCUUCUCUUUCUGUCCAGUGGAAUCGGAAACAGACACAUCCUGCUUUUGUUUUUAUUUGUAAGUCUGUCCGCUCAUCCCCGGCAGCUCUCAUCUAAGGCUUCUCUUUCCCUUUAUCAAAUCUGAACGCCCAAAAAUUGGGUCGGAUUUGACAAAGGCUGUUAGACUCCAACUCGCCUUUCAAACGUUUAUGUAUUUCAAGGAAAACGUUGGAUGAGCGGAGCUACGUUGAGAAUUUUGAUCCGUUGGCCUGAUUAAAAACUGGAAGUGACGUUCCUUCCCCUUCCUGCACUAUCACUCGCUCUUCAAUCACGCCAUCUGCUCCAUGUGCGUUUCGGUUUUUUUCUUCUUCAGGAAUUCUGUCUGGAUCAAUGGAAUGGUUUUCACAGCCCUGCAAAAAGACGAGAAAACGAGAAUAAAAUAAUCACCACAAUAUAUUUACAUACUUGGACACAUGGACUAGUGCUGUGGUGCCAGAGGUUCCGAAAAUGGAAUUCUAGAAUUCUGAGGAUUCCGUGGGAUUCUAGAAUCCAGCAGGUUCCAGUGAUGGUGUGGAGAACCUUUCACUCGCAGAGAUGUGAUGAUUCUCUGGACGAGGCUAGUCUUCAACUCGCAUCGAUGAAUGUAAACUUCAUUGUGAGAGCAUCGCAAAUGCAAAAACCAACAAAAAAAUGUCACAAAAAAAAAAA